UUUGCCUAGGAGGCCUCCCCGAACGUGGAGCGGAAAGCCUGGCCAUGGCCGGGGCCCGCAGGUUGGAGCUGGCCGAGGCCCUGGCGCUGGGGCCCGGCUGGCGGCAUGCGUGCCACGCCAUGCUCUACGCGCCCGACCCGGGCAAGCUCUUCGGCCGCAUCCCGCUGCGCUACGCCGUGCUGAUGCAGAUGCGCUUCGACGGGCGCCUGGGCUUCCCGGGCGGCUUCGUGGACGCGCGGGACGGCUGCCUGGAGGACGGGCUGAACCGGGAGCUGCGCGAGGAGCUGGGCGAGGCGGCGUCGGCCUUCCGCGUGGAGCGCGCCGACUACCGCAGCUCGCACGCCGCGGCCGGGCAGCGCGUCGUGGCGCACUUCUACGCCAAGCAGCUGGAGCUGGAGCAGCUGGCGGCCGUGGAGGCCGGCGCCCCGCAGGCCAAGGACCACGGGCUGGAGGUGCUGGGCCUGGUGCGGGUGCCCCUGUACACCCUGCGUGAUGGUGUGGGAGGCCUGCCCGCCUUCCUGAAGAAUUCCUUUAUUGGCACUGCCCGGGAGCAGCUACAGGAAGCCCUCCAGGACUUGGGACUGCUGGAAUCUGGCUCUGGCCGUAAGAUUUCAGCCCAUAGACCUCAGUAGACACCACCCUCCCUGGAAGCCUGGAACUCGAGGUGAAGACGUGGGUUCUGGGAGUGCAGGGCGGGGACAGGGGACGGUUUUCCCCUCUGUGCCUGAGAGAUGAGAAGUGAGACCAGAUUAAAAGAAGGAGAUGUGUGUGCAGUACCCUGUGAGCAUCCAACUCAUGACAUCAGAGGCAAAGACACAGUGCAGCCCUGCGCCCUGCCCGAUGCCCAGAGCCUGCCUGCACCCUGUGCAUGUGCACACAGAUGAACUGGUACCCACAGGCAUGCACGUGCCCACACAGCCUGCCAUCUUCACCCCAUUGCACCCAGGAUAACUUUUUUUUUUUUUUUUGACAGGCAGAGUUAGACGGUGAGAGAUAGAGACAGAGAGAAAGGUCUUUCUUCCAUUGGUUCACCUCCCAAAUGGCUGCUACGGCUGGUGUGCUGCGGCCAGCGCUGCGCCGAUCUGAAGCCAGGAAUCAGGUGCUUCUCCUGGUCUCCCAUGCAGGUGCAGGGCCCAACCACUUGGGCCAUCCUCCACUGCACUCCUGGGCCACAGCAGAGAGCUGGACUGGAAGAGGAGCAACCAGGACAGAACCGGCGCCCCAACUGGGACUAGAACCCGGAGUGCCAGUGCUGCAGGCGGAGGAUUAGCCUAGUCAGUCGUGGCACCAGCCCCAAGAUAACUUUUAAUCAGGAAGUGGCACCAUUGGGCUGGCGGUCACUAUACCUUGCUCUUUGCUGGGAUGGGAGGAGCUAUGAAGGAGAUGAGUGUUUCUUCCCAAACUACCACCGGGCUGCUCCCCUGGGUGUAGCCCGCCCAUGUUUCUUGGGGAGGACAGAGGCAGAGGACUGUGUGUUCUCUGAAAGUGGUCCCAGUCUUACCUGAGUGUCGGCCAAAGCAGAGGGCCAUGAGAGAGAGAGUUGUUCCCUUCCUUUUCUUCCCCAGAAUCAGCAGAAGGGGUCAAGAAGUGGGUGGGUCUCCUUUGACUGACCUUGAACCUAAGACCUCUGGAGUCCUGGUUCCUCUCCUCCAGGGCUGUCAUCUUUGGGGCCCCUUAGGCCCUGGAGGAUCAGAAGGGGACCUGACCCAGCUCCUGUCUAGCCCUGCCCUUCCCCAAAGAACCUCCCAGGAUAGGAAGACGUAUCACUGGACCUGUAGGCACUCAGUUCUUGGAACAGACAGGUGUUACGCACCUACUAAAUGCCGGGUGCUCUGAAAUGCAUGGAGAACCAUAGCUUGCUGUCCACAUCUCCGCAGCAGGUGUUGGCAUUCUUAAAGGACUAUACAGAAAAUGUUUUAGGCUUUAUUGGCCACAUGAAUUUUGGUACCUGCUAACACUAUUGUGUCAAAUGUACAUGGAUACUGCAUAAACAUAGCAUGGCUGUGUUCCAGUAAUACUUUAUUGUAAAAAUGAGGUAGGCAGCCUCUUGGUCAUAUUUUGCUGACUGCUUGUCAAAGAAGAUAAUAAUUUAAUUGAUUGCUAUUACUUGUUGUUGUGAAGAAGGAAAUAAACAAGGAAAUGAUAUA